AUGGCCGAGGCCCGAGAAGUGCUCUGGCCCAUUGGGAUUACCUUCCUCAUACUCAACAUCCUCGGGGUCGGGCUUCGAUUCUGGGCAAGGCAGACUAAGAAGGCUUUCGGUUACGAUGACGCCGCACUGGCGCUCUCGUUGGCGAUCAUGAGCCAGUUUACUUACCACGCGUUCCAGGUCGGAUUCAUUGUGUUUGUUGCAAUGGAAUUUGCUGCUCUCCACUAUGGUAUCGGAGCGCCUGCUGAAGAGGUGAAGCCGUAUCAUAAUCCGAUAAGUGCGGCAAAGUACUAUACGAUUGCCGCGAUUGUUUAUAUUUUGACGACUGGGGUUUCAAAAGUCGGUGUUGGCUUGGUUCUUCAUCGCUUGUCCUCAGGGGCUGAUAUGAGGGCGAUCCAAAUCGUCCUCGUUGUAGCGAUGAGUGUCAUGGGAAUUGUUGCGUUGGUCAUUGCUAUCAUCUUCGGCCUCCAGUGUCGGCCUUUGAGCGCAGCCUGGGGCGAGUCCGUGGGCACCUGUAUUGCGCCGACGAUAAUUGGACAGUCGGCGAUUGUCUUGUCUGCAUUUGAUGUGGCUGUUAGUUGGCUUUUUGCGACAAACGAUGGCCGAAACUUGAAAAUGGCUGAUAUCCUACAGUUGCUCCCUGUCUUCAUGCUUCGGAAGGCCCAGUUGAGGUGGAAGGUCAAGAUAACCAUCAUAGUUGUCCUUGGCUUGGGUGCAGUGUCCUCCGUCGCUACCAUCGUCCGACUCAAGUACGCUGUCCAAGCGGCUGACCUCACCGGCAAAGGCGGCGGCAUUGCAGGCGAACAGCUUCUCCAAAUCACACUCGAGGCAACCAUCUUCUCCAUGACCGAGAUCGGGCUGAGCAUCUUCGCCGCCACUCUCACGGCCCUCCGACCCCUCAUCAAGCGCCUGCCAUUCCUAAGCGACUUCAGCAGCGACGGACGAACACCUUCCAAGGGCCAGUCUGGGUCCCGUCCCAUCGCUAGUUCGAACCACAUUCGAGGGCCCAGCUACCGCCUCGACGACAUCCCCCCGUCCGACGGAGACAGCGAAGAAAACAUCAUUGCGCCUCGCGUCAUGAAUAUCAAAAAGAGCUCCCACGUCGAGGUAAACUACCAGAGGGACCCGAACCACCCGACGACAAGCGACUUCUACGCGAAGGAAACCCAAACAAAGCUUGGAUGGGACCGCCAGCAUUAG